AUGGCAAACAUCUUUAGCUUUACCUUCUUAUUAUUGGCUUUGCCCUUCAUUAUUCAAUCGAAGUUUAUCAAACAUCAAUAUUGUAUCGUUGGUGCUGGACCAGGAGGAUUACAAAUGGCCUAUUUUUUACAGCGAGCUGGAAGAGAUUACAUCGUUUUUGAAAGGCAUAAUAUUGCAGGCUCAUUUUUCACCCACUAUCCGCGACAUCGUCGUUUACUAUCCUUAAAUAAGCAGUACACAGGUUCCUUAAAUUCCGAGUUCAAUCUAAGACAUGACUGGAAUACUCUUCUAAGCGAUAAUGAUUCUUUAAAAAUGACUCGUUAUUCCGACGAUCUUUAUCCUCAUGCUGAUCAAUUGGUUCGUUAUCUAAAUGAUUACGCCAAUCGACUACAACUAAAUAUCCAAUAUCAAACAGAUAUUGUUAAAUUAUCCCGAGGAUAUCUUAAUGGUAUCAAUAUGUUUAAGUUAAUUGACCAACAUCAAAAUAUCCAUUUGUGUAAUGUAACCAUCAUUAGCACCGGACUCUCAAAACCUAAAAUACCAGAUACAACCGGUAUGCAAUAUGCUGAGGGCUACGAAUCCAUAUCAACCAAUACUUCUGAAUAUGUAAAUAAAAAUGUUUUAAUUCUAGGACAAGGUAAUUCUGCGUUCGAAACAGCUCAAGCUAUAUCCAACGUUGCCGGUCUUGUCCAUCUUUAUGGCAGGGGUGGUGUUCGAUUAGCUACAUCAACACACUAUAUAGGAGAUCUUAGAGCCGUCAAUUCCAAGAUAGUUGAUUCUUACCAACUUAAAUCUUUAGAUGGUAUCGUAGAAGGACCCUUAGAAAACUUUGGAAUACUUAAACGUAAGAAAGGAUUAAUUUCCAUUGCUCUUAGGGGUACAAAAGAUGAACUUUUUCUCGUAAAUGAUAUGACAGGAACACGAAAAGGAUAUCAUCAUGUGAUUCGAUGCUUAGGCUUUGAAUACGAUAGAUCUAUAUUUGGCCAAGGUUGUAGACCAAGAUCUGCGAAGAAAGAGUCUAUAGAACACUAUCCCGACAUUAAAGCCAAUUAUGAAGCGGUUUCUGUAGCUCAUAUGUACUUUGCCGGAGCAUUAACUCAUUCCUUAGAUUAUCGACAUUCUGGCGGAUGUUGCAUUCAAGGUUUCCGAUAUUCAGUUCGUGCAUUACAUCGCUUAUUAGAAUGGCGAUAUCAUCAAGUUCCUUGGCCUGCUAAAUUAUUAUCAAGCGAACAAUUAUUAUAUUAUCUUAGCAUGCGAAUAAAUCAAGCUUCUGGAACUUAUCAAAUGUUUGGAAUGCUAGCUGAUGUUGUAUUGAUUGGUGAUAACCAUCAACAUUUGUAUCUUGAAGAGGUUCCUACACGAGUUAUCCCUAAUCUUGAAAAUUUAGCUGGACGAAAAGUUACUUAUGGGUUUCUAGCCUUAACAUUUGAAUAUGGCAAGAAUUUCUCACAACCAAAUAAAGAUACUUUAGAUCGGGAAAAUUACAGUUUCACGGCAAGAAAUGCUUAUCGUAGUCGCAAUAUCCAUCCUAUACUACGUUAUUACAAACAUCACAUUCGAGGUAAAUCAAAAGUAUUUUUCAUUUUAGGUGCCCAAGUAUUAAUCUUACAGAUCUAG